AUGAAGUUUCAAAGAUUCCCUAUCUUGACUGUGGCCUUGGCGACUGGCAGUAUGGCACUGUCGAGUAAAAUAAGCGAGACAUACAUUGGUCCUGAGAACGGCCAUCUGGUUAUAGUCGGUGGAAAUCUCCAAUCCGACACGAUCUGGCAAAAGAUCAUUGCGCUAGCUGGUGGGCCUGAGGCGCCGCUUGUGGUUAUACCGACGGCGGGCGGUGAACCGACAUACAACGAUUCCUUGUCCAGUGUUGCCUCCUUUCGCCGAAAUGGCGCAAAGAAUGUCACAGUCGUUCACACCUACGAUCCAGCCAUCGCGGACACUGAGGAAUUUGUAGCGCCGAUCCGGGAAGCGAAGGGAGUCUUCUUCGACGGCGGCCGCCAAUGGCGUCUGGUUGAUGCAUACGCUGGGACCAAGACCGAGCAUGCUUUCCAAGCUGUCCUAGACCGAGGGGGUGUCGUAUCUGGCUCGUCUGCUGGCGCGAGCAUCCAAGGCUCUUUCCUUGCCCGCGGCGACACAGCAAAUAAUCAAGUCAUGGUAGGAGACCAUACGGUCGGGUUCGGCUACCUCAAGAAUGCGGCAAUCGAUCAACACGUUCUUGUGCGGAAUCGACAUUUCGAUAUGUUUGACAUUCUGCAAGCGUACCCUGGGCUGCUGGGAGUGGCCGUAGAUGAAAAUACUGCGCUUGUCGUUCACAAGAAUGAAGCAGAAGUAUAUGCGGGGACGUAUGUAUUGAUCUACGACGGCGGGUUCUGGUCGCGAGAAGAACAAAGUGAACUCAAGAAUCUGCCGCCACCGGAGAGCCGGUUCUAUUUCUUACGACCGGGUGACAAGUAUGAUUUGGGACUUAGGAAGGUAAUUCAGGUGGAGGAGGCAAAGGAACUAUAG